AUGUUUCUCCGCUCCACCUUGUCUAAUGCUCGCCGUGCUUCGUGCUUCUCUCGUGCGCUCCACGUUGAAGCAUCUAAGACGUCAAUAACUGACGCUGUGGCAAAGGAAAAGAUCGUUGUGUUUUCCAAGACGUACUGUCCUUAUUGCGCCCGUGUGAAGAAACUACUGGAUGUACUGGAUACGAAAUAUGAAACUGUGGAACUGGACACGAGGGAUGAUGGCGACGAGAUGCAAACGUUAUUAUUCAAGAUAACGGGUCAGUAUACCGUGCCCAAUGUCUUUAUCAAUGGCAAGCACAUUGGUGGUUGUGAUGACGUCAUGAUCUACCUAAACAAGCAACAAACUCGUGACAAUGCUGGACAACUGAGAGACGUCAAAACCUUGUGA